GCUGUUGGGUGUACAGCGCAUGGCCCUCACUUCAGUCUUGCUGUAACCCGCGAAGAGAAGGUUGCUCCUCCGGUGCCGGGCUUCGAUUUUCGCCGUUUUGCGCACUGCCAUCGACGGCUGUCGAAAACGUGUCGUCGUCGCUUUAGCGUUGUGCCAACUUUUUUCUCACUCGACCACUCACUUUCCGUUGUCACAGUGUCCGGUGGCGUUUGGGAAUACUGCAAUCGAUAAGAUAGCAGGCACGGAUAUGUAGCCGAAGCAUGUAGAUGACAUGUUUGCCGUUCCGACCUGGCUGCAGCGGUCACCGGCAGUUAGCACAAGCCGCAGUCGUUGUCUCUCCACCACCCCUCAACCACCAUCAACAACAGCAUCAUCAUCAUCAUCAACAUCAACGGACAGGAGUGACGAGAUGGCACACUGCAGCCGACCCAUCUCCUGGACACUGUCGCUCCUGGCUAUCGCCAUACUGGUGCACCUCGUCGUGAUGACGUCACUGGCCGAACGAGGUGACGACCUAAGCAAACACCCGCUGAUGCACAUGGAGGGACGAAGCAAGCGCAGCCUUGAAGAGGGCCGCGGUGGACCGAACUCAAGCACGGGCAAACGACACCGGCCGUCCGACAAUUCGGUCGCGACUUCGCUGACCGCACGCGGCGCGAUAUUCGCCACCGACAACUCAACAGUCGUCACCGCGCAGAAGGGUAGCACGGCAACACUGCCCUGUGUCGUGCGCAAGUUCGGGACUGGAGUGGUGUCGUGGAUCAGGAGAAAAGACUACCAUUUAUUGACAGUUGGACUGGCGACUUACAGUAGUGAUGACAGAUUCCUAGUUGAACAUGCACGCCAUUUACAAAAUUGGGGCUUGCAAAUAAAGUUCGUGCAAGAGAGUGACGAGGGAAUGUAUGAGUGCCAAGUAUCAACACAUCCACCAGCCAGUAUAUUUAUACAGCUCAAUGUAGUUGAGGCGGCAGCCGAAAUCAGCGGCGCCCCCGACCUUCACAUCAAGAGCGGCUCGCUGAUGCGCCUGGUGUGCAAAGUGCGUCAGUCGACAGAGCCGCCCGUCUACGUGUUCUGGUACCAGGGCCAGCGCAUGAUCAACUACGACCGCGAGCGCGGUGUUGCCGUCACCGCCGACCGCAAGGGCAGUGUGCUCACUGUCCAAUCAGCGGCCGACACCGAUUCGGGAAACUACACCUGCGUGCCAUCCAACGCGCACCCUGCCAGCAUCAAUGUGCAUGUGCUCAAUGGUGAAAAGCCAGCAGCAAUGCAACACGGAGGAAGAAAUUCUGCAAUUUCUACGUUCUCAUCAAUCAAAAAUCGAUGCUACGUCAAUGAAUUUUUGUCUUCUCUUUUCUUGUUCGUCAUAAAUUGUGUUAUGAAUAGGUGAUCCUACCAUCAUUAAACUCAUAUCUUAGGAAACAUAACUAUACGAUACAUUUUUAUACGAUUUAAGUUCAAUUGAUUCGAACUGAACGAAUUUAAAUGCAUUAUUAAAUUCUCCACUAACCAAUUUUCGACUUUUACGUUCGAGAAAUGUUCGAAAGACUGUUCCCCCAACAUCCUCAAGCUUGUGUUGACAUGAGUCAUGAACGAGAUCUCACUGUGAAUACGAUCAAUCGCAUAAUGUGUAAGCAUAGCUUCAUGAGAAACAAAGCAUGGUGAACGAAAAUGCUGUUUAUUCUUGUAUGUAGUGUGAACUAUUCGAACUCCCAGUUAAAAGAUUCAGAAUCUUGACGAAUGAGGAGAUGUCUACAGAUAUCCAUUCACUACAAAGCAGUCGACAUGACAUUUAAGCAUCAUGUAUCAGCGGGUUUGUAGCUGUACUAUAGUGAAAAAUUAUAAUAAUAGCUACUUUUAUUAUGUAUUCAUCAAUGCAACUUUUGAUGUAUCGUACUGUAAAUCUAAUAUUAAUAUCAUUAUGUAAGUAUUUGGGAUGUAAUAAUAACUUUUUGUAAUUUGUGAUACAGAUACUUCUUUCGAAUUUAUAAAGCUGCAUUUCUCUUGGAUUAAGAUUCCAACAUAAUUUCACUCUGAACUACACUAUAUUAUAUUGAAAGUAUAAACAAUACAGUUUAUGAACGGAAGAACGCUGACUAGUAUGCAUGCAUACUUGAACUGUCUAAACUCUAUAGAGGUGCUUUCCGUUCAUUACUUGAUUACAACGAACUUGAUGGAAUAUAGUAGCCUACUGAACAAUCGACUCUAACACGUAGCUGUAGACAUCACACUACCCAAAAUAUCCACAUGAUUGGGAGCGAGAUUAAAGGAUGAUGUUUCAGAUUAGAGAGGGACAAAAAUGAGACUUUAUCCUUUUCCUAUUACAGUGAUCAGGUUCUAUGUUCAAUUCAUUGAUCAUAUUCUAAUUAAAACUGUACAAUGUUUACUAAGAAAUAAUAAGAUCAAUUUCCCAAGUUAUCAAUACGAUUCAUGUAAAUAAAACUACGAUAAUUGAACAGUGAUGUAUACAAUGUGAGUAUUUUUAUUAAAAUGUAUAUCUUGAAGUAAACUCAAUAUGUAAAUAAACUGUAAAAUAAUUGUCUGAUCUGUGUAAUAAUUUCACAGUGGUAGUUGAAUGUUCAAGGUGUUCCACAAAACAAUGAAAAUGUAUUCAAUAGAAAUAAGUCAUGUCGAUAUCACCUACUACUAAGCGAACAUUUGCAUCAGGAUGGAUUCCUCCAUAGUUGUAUUGAAGUGGAGUUAUUUUCAAUUUUGGAUUAAAUGAUGGUGAAUGUUUUAAAAAUUAAUCAUUAAUAUUUCCAUGAGAAAUUGAGAGUUCCAUAUCAUUCGAAUGUCUUCCAACUUAUUUAUCAGAUGGGAUCUUCCUUUCUUAUAAUGAAUAUGUUUUAUCAUUAUCAUUACAAUGCAACACUAACGUAGCUGUUUGGAAGGAAGUGAUAGUAUAGAAUUUCAACUAAGCAAUUUGCACAAACGCGAUCCCUGGGAACAUUUCAUAGUAAUUUUGAAAUGAAAUUCAUAUCACAUCCUAAACCAAAAACGAAGGUUUACAGGUACAUGUUUUGAAUAGAGUUCAUUCAAAUAUCAAAAUAUUGAUUGUAUAUUAUUGUCAGCAUAAUUCUCAAAUUUUAUUCUCAAUCAAUGACAAGAUGGAUUAUCCAGCCCAAGUGUUUGAAUGUAACAUCAUUAUGAAUGUAUGUAUCAACUUGAGGAAUUAAAUGCAGAGAUUCUUGAAUUUUUUUCUUAUUAAGAAUUAUUAUUGUUGUGUAAAUAAAUAAUGAUUUAUUAUCGUA